AGUCACGAACGGUCUGCCUGAAGACAUGACGAUGAGAUCUCUGUUAAUACUCUCAGCCUUAACUGUGGCCAUGGCUGAAGUGACAUCCCACGUUACCUCUCAUGUCAGCUAUGCGGGAGCCAGACAUCCUCGCCCUCCAACUUAUCCCUCGCACCCUACCUAUCAUCCACACUCUGAUUAUCCUACACCCACCUGCGCCGCCAAUACCAAGAGGCCCUGGUGCUUGGAGGACUCAGAGUACCCAACUUAUGAGAUCAAAGCAGCUAUUACAGCUCACUUACCAAAGUUUCUUAGCCUCUAUGCUGACGUGGCUGAUCUUAACACCGAACUCUCGGUUGAUCAUCUGAAGACCCUGGAGGAUGAAACAUACCUCUGUCCCUCAGAGACCGCCUACGUCAGGCCUCUGCGAGCCCAGAACACCGAAGGCAAGUGGCGCGUCAUCGUUAAUAACAUCAAGAUUGAUUAUAAGACCUACACUCAGACGACCCGAACUGAGGAGUGCCUGAAGCCUGGCGACUCCUGCCCUCUGGUGCCAGUGUGCUACGAGUCCAAGUGUCUGCAGAAGUCUAUCUACCACCGCUUCCUCGUCUACGAUCCCUAUGAUCAGUACUUUCCCUUCGCCAUCGAGACAUUCAAGCUGCCCGCCAGCUGCAACUGUCUUCUGGGAGCCUUCAUUAUCCGCAAAUAAAACCUGCCAUAAGACUUAUCACUAUCAACAAAAGAAUAUGAAGCUUGUGUCAAAAAAUUCCCUAUAAAUCCUGAAUCUUUUACCCUCUGUACAACUAAAAUGAACCACUGAUGGUAUCCGGUGUAAGUCACCAUCCCUGGUACAACGUAUCAGUGGUAGAGGUAAAGAAAGCAGUU